AUGUAUACGCUGCGCUUUGAUCAAUAUCACAACGUAAUCAACGGAAAGUUGAAAGGGGCUGAAAAGCAAUACUACUCGAUAAAUCCUUUUACUGAGGAAAAGCUCUGGGAUACCCCGGUCGCCUCUGAGCAAGAUCUUGAAGAGGCCGUGGAAGCCGCGAAUGUUGCAUUCCAGACAUGGAAACACUCGGCCUUGGAGGACCGCCGAACUCGAAUCAAGCAGUUUGCAAAUGAGCUUCUUUCCCAGAAGUCUGAUUGGACAGACAUGAUCAUUAAGGAAACUGGGCAACCUAAUGAGUUGGCCAAAGAAGAGAUAGAAGCAGCCUGUGAAUGGCUCACUGGUAUUGCAAGCAUCGAUAUCCCCGAGUAUACCACGCAUGAAGACGAAGAUGUCAAAGUGACCACAAAAUACUUCCCACUAGGAGUUGUUGGCGCUAUUGUUCCUUGGAAUUUCCCCGUAUUCCUUGCGCUCGGCAAGGUUGCAUCCUCACUGAUCUGUGGAAAUACCGUGAUCGUGAAGCCUUCUCCGUAUACUCCAUACAGUAUUCUCAAGGUGGCAGAGCUGGCGCAAAAUUUCUUCCCUCCUGGAGUUGUUCAGGCUCUUGGAGGCGAUGACAAUCUGGGGCCUUGGAUGACAAAACACCCUGGCAUCGCUAAGAUUUCCUUCACCGGAUCCGCCGCCACAGGCAAGAGGGUCAUGGCAGCAGCAGCUCCAACUUUGAAACGGGUCACCCUUGAGCUUGGUGGCAAUGAUGCCUCGAUCGUCUGCCCGGAUGUCGAUAUUGACGAAGUUGCCCGACGAGUCUUCGAAGACGCCUUCAGCCAUUCCGGUCAGGUGUGCAUCGCAGCCAAAAGAAUAUUCGUACACAGUAAAAUUUUCGACGAAUUCGUGACGAAGUUCACCGCCGCAUGCCAGGCGCUGUCACCCGGAACUGGAUAUCUAAGUCCCAUUCAGAACAAAGUGCAGUUCGACAAAGUUCGGUCCAUCUUCGAGGACUGUCGGGCUCAGAACUACGAGUUCGCUCUAGGAGGCGAUCAAGAGCUGGCCCAGAUCAAGUCGGGUUACCAAAUGGCCCCUGCAAUUGUCGUCCGGCCACCAGACGACUCUCGUCUGGUACAAGAAGAGCCAUUUGGACCUAUCGUGCCAAUCUUGUCCUGGGAUGAUGAAGAGGAUGUCAUCAACCGGGCGAACAAUACUGAUCAAGGUCUGGGGGCAACCGUAUGGUGUCACGAUCCUGCAACGGCAGAGCGUAUUAGCAUGCGUUUGGAAGCGGGUAGCGUGUGGGUGAAUCGUGGAGCUUUCCCACUCCCUACUGCCCUUUUUGGAGGCGUAAAGCAGAGUGGCAUUGGAGGGGAAUGGGGUCCUCUGGGUCUGAUCAAUUCUUACUGCAGUGCACGAACAUUUCAUUUUGCAAAGAAAUAG